AUGAGAGUACAUCCUCUCUCCCUGAAACCAAACAUUGGAGGAAUUCAUUCUAAUUUUUCAGAACAGCAACAACACAUUCCUAGUUCCUCAAUGAAGAAACUCCGGAGACUUCCUCACGUAUUUAACUACUUUCUGGAAUUGCCGUUCUGUUCUGAUGCAGAUGUGGUGGUGGAAGAGAAGGAAGGAUUCUUCUGUUUCAUGGCAAAAAUCGAACUAGAAGGAGCUGGGGAUGGACAAGUGAGGGCACAGGCAGUAGAGAUUCAUCCUGGGGUAACGAAGAUCGUUGUGAGGAAGGGAAAUGGAGACAGUGAUGAGGAUGAACAAUUGAAUGUGGAUACAUGGAGGUACAGGUUGCCUGCUUCGACUAUGCCGGAGCUGGCCACAACGGUAUUUGUGGAUGGAGAGCUUAUUGUGACGGUGCCCAAGGAUGACCAUGGCCGUGGAGAGUUUGAUAAUGGAUCU